AUGUCGUACCAAAACGGCAACACGAUCGAUGAGGACGAUCAGCUUGAGGAGGAGCUCGUCCAGGAUUACCGGGAACAAAUUCAAUAUAAUGAUGGCGAAGACAUUGAGCGGACAGACUCCCUCAGCGGCCCUGCAGACAUUCGUGCUCAGUUGGAAGCCGCAGCAGCCCCGCUUGAAUAUCAGGCGUCUCUGGAGACCAAGUUCGCUUCAUACGACAACUAUUGCAGUCUCUUCCACUACAUCCUGAAUUCAGAUGGACCCGUCGAUAUUGAGCAACCUUCCUACUUCUGGGCCUGGGACGUGAUCGACGAGUUCAUCUACCAGUUCGAGUCAUUCUGCAGAUAUCGAAACCGCGUGGCCCGGACCGCACCAAAUGAAGAGGAGGCACAAGUCCUCAGAGAAAAUCCCAACACAUGGGGUUGCUACUCCGUUCUCAACGUCCUGUACUCUCUGAUUCAACGGUCCCAAAUCAACGAGCAGCUUGCGGCGCAAAAGCGAAAUGAAGACCCAAACACCGUGGCUGGCGAGUACGGCUCGCGCCCACUCUAUCGCAUGUUGGGUUACUUCUCCAUCAUCGGUCUGCUGCGUGUCCACUGCUUGUUGGGCGACUUCAGCCUCGCUCUGAAGACCUUGGACGACAUCGAGAUGAACAAGAAGGCAAUGUUUGCCCGCGUCAUGGCCGCACACCUCAACACCUACUACUAUGUCGGCUUCUCGUACAUGAUGCUCCGCCGCUACGCCGACGCGGUCCGCAUGUUCAGCCACAUUCUCGUGUACGUUUCGCGGACCAAGAACUUCCAGAAGGGCAACCAGCAGUUUGAUGCUAUCGCCAAGAAGACGGAGCAAAUGUACGCAUUGAUUGCCAUUUGCGUGUCGUUCGCCCCAACCCGUCUCGACGACACCAUCCACACUGCUCUGCGCGAGAAGUACGGCGAGAAGUUCGCCAGGCUCCAGCGCGGCGGCACAGAGUCUCUGCCCGUGUACAAGGAACUUUUCCAGUCGGCGUGCCCGAAGUUCAUCACCCCGACACCCCCAGACUUUGACAACCCAUCUCUCAACAUUGACCCGGUUGAGCACCAUACCGACAUCUUCAUGGACGAGGUCAUGAACACCCUGUUCAACCCCACUGUCAAGUCGUACCUGAAGCUCUACACGACCAUGGACCUGAAGAAGCUGUCCAGCUUCCUGGAGGUCGAACCGGAGAAGUUGCGCAGCUGGUUGCUCGUCAACAAGCAGCGAAGCAGACAGACUCGCUGGACCGAAGGUGGCCUGUUGGACGGCGAGACCGUCAAUGGCAGUGAGCUCGACUAUGCCAUUGAGGGCGACUUGAUCCACAUCAGCGAGGCGAAGCAGGGACGCAGAUUGGUUGACUGGUAUUUGAGGAAUCUUGCCAGAUCUUAUUGA